GAAGCAUACUGUUUGCGACGCAGAUAAAGAAUUCGAAUCCAAACUCAACGUUCUUGCUGUACCGCAAACGCGUCUCUGAAACAUCACGUCAUCCUUGACAAUGGCCGACAAACCCAACGUGAUCACAGCAGAAGCUCACCUCAACGAACCGGAUCCAGACUCGUACGCCCAGUUCCAAAGAGAAAUAUACGGGAAAUUCAGCAAGCCAAAAUACUCCACAAAACCCGCCGCCUGGGAAGCAGCUGCUCGCGAGAAUGUCCCCUCACCCAACUUCUUCUAUGUGCGCGGCGCCGCCAGCAGCGAAUCGACAUAUGCCGCCAACCUCUCAGCCUUUGAGCAUUACCGCCUGCGUCCGACCAUGCUAGCUAACGUCACACGCCGAGACACAUCUGUAGAGAUCUUCGGCAAAAAGUAUGCGAGCCCGCUGCUCGUCGCCCCCAUCGGCGUGCAGGAGAUUAUGCAUCCAGAAGGCGAGGAGGCAACGGCGCGGGCAUGCGCCGCUGUCAAGGUCCCUAUGAUUCUCUCUACGGCAGCGACCCGCUCAAUCGAGCAAGUCGCAAAGGCAAACGGCGACGGCGACCGCUGGUACCAACUCUACUGGCCCAAACCCCAAGCCGAAGAAUUCACAGCAAGCUUACUAGCACGUGCAAAAGCGAAUGGCUUCACCACGCUCGUCGUCACCCUCGACACAUUCAUCAUGGGCUGGCGGCCCAACGACCUAGAUGAGUCCUACCUGCCCUUCCUAUUCGGACAGGGCUGCCAAAUCGGCUUCAGCGACCCGGUCUUCCAGCAACUGUACGAAAAGAUGAAAGCCGACGACACCCGGAGCGCAAGCGAGAAGCUGUCCGAACUCUGGCAGCUGCUCAAGCGCCCGGGAAGUAUCGGCGGCGCAGCAAAGGUCCUCGCAAACGCCAGCACGAUCCAGAAGAGCUUGCUCUUCACCAGCCUCUGGGCCGCGGGCAACUACCGCGACUGGAACGACAUCCAGACCCUGCGCAAGUACUGGGACGGGCCUAUUGUGCUGAAGGGCAUCCAGACGGUCGAGGACGCGCGCAAGGCUAUCGACCACGGCGUGGACGGCAUCGUCGUGUCCAACCACGGGGGGAGACAGCUCGACGGGGCCAUUGGUUCGCUCGACGCUCUGGCGGAAAUCGGCGCUGAUGAUAUUGUGAAGAGCUCUGGGCUGACGAUCCUGUUCGAUAGCGGGAUACGGACGGGCUCGGAUGUUCUCAAGGCUAUUGCCCUGGGCGCUAAGGCUGUGCUGCUCGGGAGACCGUAUAUCUAUGGGCUGGCGAUGGGGGGGCAGGAGGGCGUGGAACACGUGCUUAAGUGCGUUUUGUGCGAUAUUGAUAAUAGUCUGGCGAAUAUGGGGAAGAAGAGUAUAGCGGAGAUUAGCCGGGAUGAUUUGAGGGUUAUUCAGCAGUUGGCGAAGUUAUGAUUGUAGUUGAUAUGAACACUUUCUGAUUCGAAAU